AUGGAAGAAAUUGAAAAUGCUCACUAUCAAAAUCUCGAAAAUUUUAAUGAUGAAACAUCUGAGGAUGUAAAUGAUACUAGUGAUGAUAUAAACAAAAAUAAUGAUGAUAAUAAUAAAUAUGAUGAUAAUAAUGUUAAUGUGUUAGAUGACAAAAAUAAAUUAGAGAAUGAAGAAGAUAAUAAUAAUAACGAUAAUAUGAUGAUAUUUUCUUCAAUUCUACGUUAUCAAAGAUAUAAAACCAAGAAAGGUAAUAUUUAUUUUGAUUUUAAAAAUACAAACUUAUCUUUAAAUGAAAAAGAUAUGUUAGUUCAAAGUAGCAAUUUUUAUCAUUUGUUUGAUAUAAAAUCAUUACUUUGUCCGCAUAUAUAUUUGAAUGUUAGUUCACAUAUUAAUAUAAAUAUAUCGGAUUAUAAAAAUUAUUUGAAAAGAAUACUUAAUAAUGAUAAUGUAUUAGAUGAUAAAAAUGAAAAUGUUAAAUAUAGUUCAUGUCAGGAAUUUAUAUUUGAGGCUGUGGAGCAGGCUGAACAUAUAGAAGUGUUUACCAAAGUUCAGAUAGUGAAAAAACUUUUUUUAUUCCUAAAUCAAAAUGUUGCGGAAAAAAUGAAGAAUUACAUUGACAACAUUCCUAUUAUAAAUUCGAACGAUUAUGUACUAGUUCAGACAAACUUAAAAAAUGAUUUGUUGCUUGGAUAUGUAAAGGGUAUUAAGUAUAAUUUAUUUUUUGAAAUCUUAAACAUGAAAAAAUGUUUCCAUUCAUUUUUAAAUGAAAAUAUAGUUAUAUAUGAAAUAAAUGAAGACAAAGAAGGUUAUUUUAAAACUAUCGAUGGAAAAAAAUAUUUAAAAGAACAAAUAGUAUAUGAGAAAAAAGAUUUACUUAAAAAUUUGGAUUUCUAUUCAAUGUAUUAUUGUGAUUAUUAUUUCUCAUCAAAUUCGAUAAUUGAGUUGGAAAAAAAAAAUAACAAUAAUAUAAAUUGUGUUAAUAAUAAUAUAAAUAGUGUUAAUAAUAAUAUAAAUAGUGUUGAUAAUAAUAUAAAUAAUGUUGAUAAUAAUAUAAAUAGUGUUAAUAAUAAUAAUAAUAUUAGUGAUAAAAUUACUCACAAGUUUGAAUAUAACGAUUAUAACGAUAUACAUCUGUUUUUUUCUUUUAAUAUAUGUAUAAAAUCUGUAAAGAAUAAUUUAUUUCUUCAUAUUAUUUAUAAUGAUAAUAACCUUAAGAAUGGAGACGAAUAUUUGAAUGAAACCUUUCCACAUUAUGAAGAAUUAAAUUUGUAUAAUAAACAGUUUGAUAUAAAUAAGAUGGAUAAAAAUUUAUUUAAAUCAAAUACCUUUUUUAUAAAUAAUUUAUAUUAUCAUUUAAAGUGUAAAUUAUUAUGUGUAUUCAAAUUUAUAAAUAUGUCAGAUGAUGAUUUUAUGACAGAUAUACAUAUAUCUCAAAUUAAAAAAAGGAGGUAUGUAAAUGAACAAGAUAGUUAUAUGUUAUAUACCUUUAAUAUACAUACAUUAAGUAAUGAAGGUAUGGUAUAUAUAUUUUUUUGCAAUUUAUAUAUAUCAAAUAUGUUUAAGGAAAAUAAUUUUGAAAUACGUGUGCAUACAUAUUUACAUUUCCAAUUAAAUAAACAAAAUUCAUACAAAAAGUUAAAAUUGAUUAAAUAUAGUUCAAAGUUUUUGUAUUCACUAUGUUUUAAAGAAAAAAGUGAUAGCAAAAAAAAAAAAAAAAAAAAUGAUCAUCAUGAGAGGGAUAGUGAUAAUAAUAAUAAUGAUAGUAAUAAUAAUAAUUAUUAUAAUAGUAAUAAUAAUAGUAAUUAUUGUGGUUCCAAUAAUAUUAUUUAUGGACAUGAUGAAAAUUUUAUUUUCAAUAGUUGUGAUUUUAACACAUUAGAUCAAAUUAAAAGUGGCAAUUAUUUAAUUAAGGAUGAAACAAUAAAUGAGAAUUUUAUUUUUGAAGUACGAAAUUAUAAAUACACAUUCAUCCUUAUUUCUUCUAAAUGUAAUAUAAUAAUAAUAACAUUGCGGAAAAAAAAAAGAAAAGAAGAGUAUAAUAAAAAAAUGAGUAAAUAUUCAUCAUGUAGUUUAAAUGAAAAUGUUUAUAUGGAAGGUGUAGAAAUUUUGAAUUAUUGUUCAUCCAAUAAUAAGAAUACAAAUAAUAUUAUUUGUAAUACUAUAAUAAAUAAAUACAAUUAUGAAAUAAAUAAUAAUAUAAAAAAUAAGAAUAAGAGUUAUAUCUUAUUUGAAAUUGUUUGUUUUUAUGAAAACGGAGAAAUACAAAAGUAUAUAUAUACCUGUUCUUUAAAAAAUGGAAAUUUUGAAUUCUUUCUUAAUGUUAAAGAAGAUGAAAAAACAAAAAGUAUAAAUUGUAAAAAAUGUUUUUUUAAACCUAUUCUUUUUCCUUUUAAUGAAGAAUUAUUAAAUAAAACAAAAAGUUCGAAUGAUCUUGUUUUAUAUAAUAUAAAACUGAGUCAUUUCAAAAACUUAAUUUAUAUUUAUUUUCAAGAAAAAAAAAUUGAAGGAAUUAGUUUAACUAUUAAUAAUGAAUGUCUAAUUAUUAAUUACAUUAAGAUGGUAAGUAAAUUAUUAAAAAAAAUUUUACAAAAUUUGUAUAAUUCGGAUGACAUAGAUAUUGUAUAUAAUUUUCAACAUAAUACAAAAAAUAAAUGUAAUUAUUUAAGUCAGAACGUAAAUAUUCCUAGUGAUAAUACUAUUUCGAAUGUUAUUAAAAAAAAUGAAAUGGAUAAUAAUGACAUAAAAUAUAAUUUAUUUACACAAAGAGAAGUAAAAUCUUCAUUUUUUGAAUUCAAAUAUAUUCUCUUUGGAUUUUAUGAUUUAUUUUUAAUGAAUCAAAAAAAUUAUACGGAUUUAAAUGAAAAGAAAAAAGAAGAAUAUAAAAAAAAAAAUUUUAUUAAUUGUUUUGAUUCACAUAGUCAUUAUAAUUUUUUAAAUAUAAUAAAAGAAUAUAUUAAUUAUGAUUAUAUUAUAGAUAAAUGUUCCUAUAAUAUUUCUAAUGAUACACAAAAGAAAAAGAAAAUUAAAUUAAACUUUUAUUAUUUCCUUUUAAUUAUACAAUAUUUUAAAAAUACAUAUACUCAAGAAAAGAAACGUUCUUUUUUUUAUAUGGUAUAUAAUGAAUUAUUACAAAGAGAUAAAUAUUUAAAACAUUUUUAUUAUACUUAUCAUGAAAUAGAUAGAAAAACGAAUAUGCAUUUAAACCAUAAUGAUAAUAAUAUUGAUACAAAGGAGGCAAAAAAAAAUGAAGAAACAGAACUUAUAUUAAAAAAUGUGAAUUUUUAUGAUAAUUAUGAACUUAUUAAUAUAAGAAAAUAUGAUGUCAUUUUGUUUUGCUUUUUAUUUCAUAUGUACAAUUUUUGUUUGAAACAGAAUGGUCUUAGUAACGAUGAAUUUAAUUCACAUAUAACUUACUUUUUAAUUAAUAAAAAAAUGAAGAAAUAUAAAAAAAAAUAUAGAUACAUUAGCAAAAAGAAAAUAGAUACAAAUGAAAAGAAUGAUGAUAAUAAUAAUAUUAAUGUGUGUGACAGUAAAAAUUACAAAGGAACAAAAAAUUUUGAUGAUACAACAAAUAAUAUAUUAAACAAACAAAAUGAAUCUUUAGAUAAUUUAAAAAAAAAUAUGUAUUUAUCAAAAAAUAAUUAUGAUAAUCAAUUAAGUAGUUAUAAAAAUACAAAACAAAAUAAAACAAAUAUAAAUGAAAAGUAUAAUAAUAACAAUAUAAUAAUGAAUUAUUUAACAUGGAAAAAAUGUUUAUAUUAUAUAUACAAAAUUAAAAAGUAUACUAGGAAAAUAGAAACACAUGAAGGAUUAUAUAUUUCUUCGAUGUUAUAUAUUAAUAUAUAUUUAUGUCAAAUAUUCUUUAUACUUUUAAAUAUAUUAAGAAUAAAUAAUACAAAUAUAUAUACAAAUAUACAUUUUGAUAUAAGAAAAAAUAAUUUAGAUUAUUUUUAUUUAUUAAUUUUACUAAAUUUUUAUAGUCUAUUUUAUAUCUUGAUAUCAGAUCAAAAAUAUAUUUUACACGAGGAAGAAAAUGAUACCUAUAUAAGUAAAAAUAUAGAUAACAAAGAACAAAUGGCAAAUGAUAAAAAUAUAAUAUCACUUUUGUCUUUUUUUAAUAAUAUUUAUGAACAGAAUAAAGAGGGAAUGUUAAAAAAUGACCAAAACAAAAAUAAUCAUAAUACAAAAACAGAUAUAUUAUAUAUGUCAUCAAGUGGUAUGAAUAUAUCAAUUAAUACCCCUUUUUUGGAAAAAUAUCUUAUUUUAAUUUAUAAUAUAAUAAAAGAUAAAAUAAAUAUUGUCAAAGAAGAUAAUUAUAUUAUGGAGAAAUUAUUUUUUAAAAUAAAUUGUAUGAUAUGUAAUAAAGUGUGUGUUACUAAUAUAUAUAAUAAUUAUUAUAUAUGUGAAAAUAAUCAUAUAUUUAAUAAAUGCAUGUUAACCUUUGGAUGUAUAUAUAAAAAUCAUAUUAUUUUACCAACUAUUUAUUUAUUACAUGAUAUAAAUGAUAAAUUAUUUCCUAUUAAUAAUGAUCAUAUUUUAUCAUACAAUUUACAAUAUGAAUUGGAUUAUAUUUAUUUCUGCUCUUUUUGUUAUAAUUUUAUAACAACGCAAAAUUCUUUUUAUAAAAAAUUCUUUCUAUUUAAUCAAUGUCCUUUUUGUAAUCAUGAAUUGAAUAUUUUGUAA